AAGAAGUCCUAAUGCCAUCUUGAACAAAUAUAAGACGACUCCACAUAGACAAACCCUCUUUUUGUAUGUUAGCGUCAUAAUGCCUCUCUUGUUUGCUAACUCACGUUUGGGGGUAACAGACCCCCCACAUUAUUUUAUGUGGCCUAUGAAAGCCUGGGAAUAAUCUACUUGACCGUUUUCCUUCUAAUUACAUUUGUUCUCUGAGCUUGACAUAAAAAUUCUACUGCAUGCGGUUCUUCCAAAUACUUCAAUGUUUGCCUGUCACCGUGACAUUAGCACUUCAAAGCAAAUUUAAUCACUAUUUGUAUGAAAUAUGCGAAAUAUGCCACUGUACUGUAUUUGGUGUACAGAAAGAUAAAUGACAGGAGAGUUAGUACAUACAAAUAAACUAAAAAGUAACUCGAGCUAAAAAGAUAACACACGUCUGAAAAUCAGUUGGCCUCAGUCUCUUUAUUAGGAGCACAACAUUAGAAUCAUACAAUCACACGCAAGGAGAGGUUGCAUUCAAAGACACCACGUAAUAUUAAGAUUAAGAUUACUUUUUGACUGUAGAUGUAUUUCCUUCGAUUUCCGAGCAUAUUUAAAUGCAAACAAAUGUACUUCCAGUAGUUUAGUAGCAGUAGGACUUUUGUUAGUAAGGGAUGAGUAUCCACUUCCUGUUUGUCUUUAUUUAAACCACGCAUACGCGCACAACAAAGCUCCGAGUGUCAGUGAAGGCACCUGCCGAUCGCCUCGUGCCAAUGAGAUGAGGCGGGACAAGGAGUGCUAUCUGGGGGCCAUCCAGAGACCCGACUAUGACGACACACCCACCCCAGAGUACUUCAACCCGUCCUGGAUGUCCACCAUCUCCGACCACCGUCUUCUGUCAGAGGUCACCAUGCCGGGGACCCACAACACCAUGGCGCUGUACGGCGGCGUCUACGCCGAGUGUCAGUCGUGGAGCCUGGCCUCGCAGCUCCAAGCAGGCGUCCGCUUCCUGGACGUGCGUGUCCGCCACGUGGACGGCGUCCUCACCAUCCACCACGGGGUGUCCUACCAGAGGGCCCACUUGGGCGACGUGCUGCAGGGCGUGGCCACCUUUCUGAGCAGGUACCCGAGCGAGGCCGUGCUGAUGCGUGUCAAGGAGGAGCUGAGCCAGACCGACAACAUCUACUGGCCGGUGGUGGACUACAUCCGUCGCUACGUCAGCUGGGACCUGCUGUGGCACGGCCGCCAUGUCCCCACCAUGGGCCAAGCUCGAGGGAAGCUCAUCAUCCUGCAGGACUUCUACGGGCCUGACUUGGGGAUGCACUACGACUCGCUGGAGAUAGCCGAUGACUGGAAGGUUCCCUCACUCGAACACGUGCACGACAAGUGGCAGAGCAUCUACCAGCACCUGGAGGCCGCAUCUGGGGGCGACAGGGCCCGGAUUUUUCUCACCUACAGCAGCGGCGCCAGCAUUUCGGCGUUCCCCAGGGCGGUGGCACAACGCAUCAACCCUCGACUCCACGACUACCUGAAGGCCAAGAAGAACCUCAACCAGCGUUUUGGAAUCAUUUGCAUGGACUUCCCGGCUGCCCCCAUCAUUCAAAGCAUCAUCAACUUCCAGCUGAGGAACGACGUGAAGAAAGAACGGGGCUUCAUCCUGUAGCAUUUCAUGCUAAUCCUGUAUUGUAUCCGUUUUGGGAUUCAAUAAAGCUAUAUACAUUGGCA